UCGUUUGCGCAUGCGCCCGGACGUUGAGGCGCUUCUCGAUGUGUUACUGCUGCAGCUUUGUUUCUUUAGCGGGCUUCGCAUCUCCACCGACUUUUUAUUUGUGACCAUGGGGGACCAGAAGGAGGAGCUGAAGAAAAUUAUAACCACUCUGGCCUUGAAGAAUGACGAGAUCCAGAACUUCAUCAGCGCACUCAAACAAAUGUUGAUUAACGUUGAGGAGAACUCUGCAAGAGUCCAGCAGGAUCUGGAGCAGGAGUUCACCUCACUCUACACUAUUCUGGAUGAACUUAAAGAUACCAUGCUGACUCGUAUUAAACAAGAGCGGGCAAGCAAGACCUAUGACCUCCAGAGUCAACUCAGUGCCUGCACCAAAGCCCUGGAGAGCUCGGAGGAGCUGCUAGAACAGGCCAAUCAGACUCUGUGUUCAGCCGAAAGUGAAGGCUUCCGAGAGGCUGCCAAACAGAUUAAAGAUAGUGUGACAAUGGCACCAGCUUUCCGUCUGUCCCUGAAGGCCAAGGUGAGCGACAACAUGAGUCACCUAAUGGUUGAUUUCACUCAGGAGAAGCAGAUGCUGCAAGCACUCACCUUCCUGCCAGUUCCAGGAACCCCUGAGAUUGAUGUUUCUGAGUGCCUUGUCGCAGACAACUGCAUUACAUUGGUGUGGAGGAUCUCCGAGGGGGACUCUAAGAUUGACCACUAUGACCUGGAGUACCGGCGUACCAAUCACGAGGGCCCUCUGCGGGCCAAGGAAGAUUACCCUUGGAUGGUGGUGGAGGGGGUACGUGAAACAGAGUACACGCUGUCAGGUCUAAAGUUUGACACACGCUACAUGAUCUUUCGUGUUAAGGCAUGCAACAAAGCUGUGGCUGGGGAGUUCAGUGAACCUGUCACACUCGAGACCAGUGCCUUUGUAUUCAAGCUGGAUGCCAGCUCUUCCCACCAGAAUCUGCGGGUGGAUGACAUGAGUGUGGAGUGGGAUGCCACAGGGGGAAAAGUACAGGAGAUUCGCAAAGAUGGAAAGAACCGGACCGCCUCACCACUGAAUUCACCUGCUAGGUCCGUAGUGAUGUCACCAAAGAGAAUGCCCACACCACGAGGGGGACGGGACAGGUUCACAGCAGAGUCAUACACUGUUCUGGGUGAUGCACUGAUUGACAGUGGCCAGCACUACUGGGAAGUUCGGUUCGACAAAGAAAGCAAGGCAUUUGCUGUGGGAGUUGCUUUUCGCAAUCUGGGGAAAUUUGACCAGCUGGGCAAAACCAAUGCCUCUUGGUGUCUGCACCUUAACAACUGGCUGCAAGUCAGUUUCACUGCAAAGCACAACAAUAAGGCAAAAACUCUGGAGGUGCCAGUGCCCGAUCGCAUAGGGGUCUACUGCAACUUUGAAGAGGGAUACCUUUCAUUCUACAAUGCGAGAACCAAGCAACUAAUUCACUCCUUCAAGACCAAGUUCUCUCAGCCUGUACUGCCAGCUUUCAUGGUGUGGAAUGGCAGCUUCUCCGUCCAGACAGGCUUGCAAGUGCCCAGCGCAGUCAAGUGUCUUCAGAAACGUAAUAGUGGCACAAGUAGCUCCACCACCAGCCUCACUUAGGCCCUUGACCAAAGUACUAACCCGAUGGGCACAAUGCCCAUAACUAACAUCGCUGCUUACUCCAUGAUGGUGGAUUGCAGAGGGGUUGAGGGCACUCAGUUUGGACCGACUUGGUGGGACUUGUAUCUGGGUGACAGAUUCCCUCUCUCUGCAGUGCCUCCACCCGCAUACUUCCACUGUUAGAACUGUAAAGUGGGGAGAGGGUAUGUUUCUGUAUAAUGGGUUCUGUUAGGUGGAUUGUGCCACCUUAAUGUACAAUUGGUAAAUUGUAAAGAACAGUAGCCGUUUUUAAUUCUCUAUGUAACCUGCAUCCGACACAGUGGCAGCACUUGGCCCAGUGCUGCUCCAGCUUUUGUUCAAAUGUGGCUAGCGCUCUAAUUUCA